AUGCUCACUACCGCUACCAUCUCUCGCUGUGCUGCUAUCCCCAAGAUCAACAUGUUGGGCCGUCCACUUAUUGCUACAAGUUCUCGGAUGUACUCCUCGGUUUUAUCUGGUCCUGUACAAUUCAAGGAAUCUGCUACACAUCAUCCUCAAACCAUGCCUCUAACGGAUACCACUGUUUACACUGCUCAGGGCAGUACGUAUCAUGAUGAAGAUGCUUCUUCUUCUUUCAGCCCUGUUGUCAACACUGUAUUCGAUGACUAG